AUGUCUGCGGGGAAUGAGCAUGGUGCCGGCUAUGCUACGGAGGGAGGCCGGCACAGGCGCAUGCGAGAGGACUGGAGCCGCCUGAACCCAACCCUCCCGCCAGAGACACCCGGCCGCGCCAAGCGCCACCUCGCUGGUGGACGCGGGAGCCGCUACCUCCGCCUGCUCUCAAAGCCGCUCUACCUGCUGGGCGUCUUUUCCGGCCUCGGUGGUUCGUGUCUCUGCCAACUCCUCUUCUUCGGGAGCCUGGUCGGACCGGCGCUCCCGUCGGCCGACGACCCUUCCACGGCGCACCAGAUUGUUCCGCACCGGCCGCCACACGUGCCGCCAGGAGGGUACCACGCGAUCGUCGUGCCGGCAGGCGGCCAGGCUGUUGACGGCCCGCCAGCACACGUCGCCGCGCGGCUCGAGGAGGCGAUACGGCUGUACGAGCGCUCGCCCGUGCCCAAGCCGUUUGUCAUCACGACGGCGUGGGGGACGCCCCACAAGCCGUGCCCGCACGACGCGGGCGGGCACGAGGCGGCGGACAACGCCCUCUACCUCACGCGGCGAGGAGUGCCUCCCGACGCCAUCUUGGAGGAGAGCGCUUCGCUCGAGACGGUCGGCAACGCGCUCUUCACGCGGCUGCUGCACACCGACCCGCGCGGGCUGCGCACACUCGCAGUCGUAAACAACAGGUUCCACAUGCCUCGCACGCGCGCCGUGUUUGGGCACGUCUUCCGCGUGCCGCCGACCUCGGAGGCGGAGCCGGAGGCGGCGUACGAGCUCGAGUACUACGAGGUGGAGGACCAUCUACCCGCCGACGUGCUGCAGGCGCGGCUGCGCAAGGAGGCGAAAUCGACGCCAGUCUUUGCCGAGGGCGGCUCCUGGCGCGCGCAGACGCGGACGCUGCGCGAGCUCGCCGGGUGGCUGUGGCGCGAAAACACCGCGUACGCCACCAAGCGGCUGCUUGAGGAGAGGCUGCCGCCUGAUCCGGAAGUGCUCAAGUCGUACUAG